AUGUCAAGCGAUAAUCGCACAGUCGUGAUAUCUGGUGCAGGGCUGGUUGGUUGUGUAGCUGCGAUUGGUUUAGCAGGCAAAGGCUGGAAUGUACAGAUUUAUGAAUCGAGGCCUGACCCACGUUCACCCAGCCAGCUCCAGAAGCUGUCCAGACGCUCCAUAAACCUUGCUAUCUCUUCUAGAGCUCUUAUGGCUAUCAAAUCCAUCGACAGCGACGACGGUCUUCUUUAUCAUAGGCUCAUCACUGACGCAACCAUUCCGAUGAAGGGGCGUAUGAUACACAGCCUCGAUGGCUCUCUUGAUAGCCAGAUUUACAGCAAUAACGGCGAGGCGCGUCUUUGGCUGUGCUCCUUGGAAAUGUCUCACUCUCCAAUAUCUCUUCCCAACGUUUCUAUCUCCUUUGAUGCCAAAAUUCGUUCUGUGCAGUUCGACGAGCGUGUUUUGCAUUAUGAGCAAAAUGGCGCGACAGCCGCGCACAAAGACUGGGAUCUGGUGCUAGGUGCCGAUGGAGCGCAUUCCGUUAUACGCAACCAGCUGAUGCGGGUGAUGAGGAUGGACUACGCACAGGAAUACAUCCCGCACGCCUACCUAGAAUUGUCCAUUCCAGCUGGUCCCGUUGAUGGUCUCGGCAGACCGACUUUCCUGCUAGAUGCCCACCACUUGCAUAUUUGGCCGCGUCAGUCCUUCAUGCUCAUCGCACUACCCAACCAAGACUGCUCAUUCACAUGCACGUUCUUUGCGCCUUUCGAAAAGUUCGCUCAGCUCGCAGACAGUAAAGACCGCUUCGUGGAGCUGUUCCGCCGAGAGUUUCCCGACGCACUUGCUCUGAUGGGCGAGGAGUGCGCGGCGGAUGACUUUACGCACAACCCGCAAGGGUCACUUGUGACAAUAAGGUGCUCGCCGUACCACUACUCCGACCGUGCAGUGAUACUGGGCGACGCCGCCCACUCGAUGGUGCCCUUCUAUGGCCAGGGCAUGAAUGCUGGGUUUGAGGAUGUGCGCGUGUUGCUCGCCAUGAUGGACAGUGCGGGUGUACGCAGUGACAAAUCGACACCUGUCCAGCCGCUCGGUGUCGCUCUCGAAAGGUACAGUCGGGAGAGGAGUCGUGAUCUGCGUAGUAUUGUCGACUUGGCGAUGGGCAAUUACGUCGAAAUGCGCUCUAAAGUCACUAACCCGCUUUAUAAACUCAGGAAAGGGUUGGAUGCCCUGCUCAACACACUAAUCAGACCGGCAGCGGUGGCGUCGCCGGAGAUUUUGCGGCGCGAACCAUUCCCAACGGCUGCUAGCAGUGGGUGGAUGAGUCUGUACCAGCUAGUCACCUUCAGGCCGGAUAUAUCGUACGCGGAUGCUGAGGAGGUUUCGAGAAGGCGCGAUGAGAGGGUGAGCUUGGUGGGUAAGGGUAGUAUAGCUGGUUUGGUUGUUGCAGCGGGUGUUCUCGUAGCCAAGGUGUGCAGGGAAAUGCGUAAGUGA